AUUUAGUGUGACCCCAACACCCCAACCCAAAUUCUUAAACAAAAUAAAAAUUGAAGAAUAAUUUUGACUGUCAUUUUGUUUUCUUGCCGGCAAGAUGAAGAGCACCACCCAGAUUUUGGCCAAGCUCCGGGAGCUGAUGCAGCGCGUCAAGGUGGGGGACACCACCAGCUGCGUGGCGGCGUACAUAGUGCCCUCGGACGACGCCCACCAGUCCGAGUACCAGUGCGCCCACGACGAGAGGCGAGCCUUUGUCAGCGGAUUCGACGGAUCCGCGGGCACGGCCGUCAUCACCACCGAUUCCGCCCUGCUGUGGACCGACGGGCGGUACUACCAGCAGGCCGAGAAGCAGCUGGACGAGAACUGGGUGCUGAUGAAGGACGGCCUGACCACCACCCCGUCGAUCGGGGCUUGGCUGGCCAAGAACCUGCCCAAGGGCUCCGCGGUGGGAGUGGAUCCCCGCCUGCUCUCGCUGCGGGCCUGGAAGCCCAUCGAAACGGAGCUCACCUCUUCGGAGUGCCAGCUGGUGCCGAUCGAGAACAACCUGAUCGACGAGGUCUGGGGCGAGGAUCAGCCCAAGCAGACCAGCAACAAAAUCAUCAACCUCAAGCUGGAGCAUGCUGGCAUCCCGGUGGCCAAGAAGUGGGAGGUGGUCAAGAAGCAGUUCCAGGAGAAGAACGUCGAGGCCCUGGUGGUGAGUGCUCUGGACGAGAUUGCCUGGUUCCUGAACCUGCGCGGCUCGGACAUCGACUUCAAUCCCGUCUUCUUCUCCUAUCUGAUUGUGACCAACGACGAGCUGCUGCUCUUCGUGGACUCCGCCAAGCUGCCCUCGGACUUUGCCCAGCACCAGGCGGAGAAUGGGGUCAAGAUAAGCGUCUUCCCCUACGCCUCCAUUGGAUUGGAGAUAAGCAAGAUUGUGGCCGCCAAGGAGUCCAAGAUCUGGAUAGCCCCCACCAGCAGCUACUACCUGUCCGCGUUGAUUCCCAAGUCGCGUCGCCUGCAGGAGGUCACCCCCAUCUGUGUCCUGAAGUCCAUUAAAAACGACGUGGAGAUCGAGGGCUUCAUCAACAGCCACAUCCGCGACGGAGUGGCCCUGUGCCAGUACUUCGCCUGGCUGGAGAACCAAAUCAAGCUGGGCAAGGAGGUGGACGAGAUCUCCGGCUCCGACCAGCUGGAGGCCUUCCGCCGGUCCAAGGACAAGUACAUGGGCCUGAGCUUCACGACAAUCAGUGCCUCUGGCCCCAACGGCUCCAUCAUCCACUACCAUCCCCGCGAGGACACGAAGCGCAAGAUUACGGACCAGGAGGUCUACUUGUGCGACUCGGGGGCCCAGUACCUGGACGGCACCACGGAUGUGACGAGGACCCUGCACUUCGGCGAGCCCACGGACUUCCAGAAGGAGGCCUACACCCGGGUCCUGAAGGGUCAGCUCAACUUUGGCGCCACCAUCUUCCCGGCCAAGGUCAAGGGCCAGGUUCUGGACACGCUGGCGCGCAAAGCCCUCUGGGAUGUGGGUCUGGACUACGGACACGGCACGGGCCACGGAGUCGGCCACUUUCUGAACGUCCACGAAGGCCCCAUGGGCGUGGGCAUCCGCCUCAUGCCCGACGACCCCGGCCUACAGGCCAACAUGUUCAUCUCGAACGAGCCUGGCUUCUACCAGGACGGAGAGUUCGGCAUCCGUGUGGAGGACAUUGUGCAGAUUGUGCCCGCCCAGGCGCCGCACAACUUUGCCAACCGGGGAGCCCUGACCUUCAAGACCAUCACCAUGUGCCCCAAGCAGACGAAGAUGAUCAAGAAGGAGCUGCUGAACGACGUGGAGAUCAAGCAGCUGAACAACUACCACCAGCAGGUGUGGGACACGCUCUCCCCGAUCCUGCGCCGCGAGGGGGACGACUUCACCCUGGCCUGGCUCAAGAAGGAGGUGCAGCCGAUCUAGGCGAGGAUUCGAGGAGGAUUCUAUCCUGAUUUUUAAUAUGUAAUCACCGUAUCAUGCAUGUUUGCCACACAACUAAUCCUUUUUUUAAUCCUAAAUCCUUAAUCUUAAAAAACAAAGUAACUUUUUUAUAAAAAAUAUAAAUGUGCAACUUUUUUAAGCAAUUCUGCUUCUCCUGCAUUUAGAAUUUAAAUUUUAAAUUCUGACAAUAAGUAUUUAAAGUUUUGAUGAAUAAAUAAAAAUAUGAAACUAAAA